AUGGAUUUAAAAGACCAGCAUCUGAAAGACAGCUGUGAAAGUUCCAAACGAGUAUCUCGGUCUUUGUCUUUGUCUGAAAUAGAAGGAAGAGGAAGAGGAACCAAAACUGAACAUAGUGGAGACAGAAGCAAAAAAGAACGAGGAGGCUCAGGCCUGCCAAAGGUUGUGGAAGAGGGACGAACACUAAGAGUGGGACUUCUGGUAAAGAAAUUUGGUAAGCAGGGCUCAGGACGCACUGACUUCACUCUGCCUAGUGGAGUUCAUGCCACAGCUCAAGGUCAGCUGUUUGUAGUGGACUGUGGAAAUGUCCGUGUGCAGGUAACAGACCAACAGAAGACCAUCGUGCAGCAGGUGACGCUACCGGCAGUUGACUCUACCUCUCGACACUGUCGCAAUUUUUUUGAUGUUGCUGCUAACUCCAAGGGCUUGAUAGCACUGACAUGUGCUGCAGAACGUGCUGUGCUGGUCUUUAACCGCCAUGGUCGCCUCUUGCAGACCUUUGGGGGCUCUGGUACUCAGCAAGACUUUGAGGCUCCAAGAGGUGUCACUGUGACAAAUCUAGAUGAGUUUCUAGUUGCCGAUAUUCGGCGUGGCACUUUGACAACUCUGAAACUUGACCCUAAAACAGGAACCAAGAUAGAGCGCACCGUAGUCACAGGAUUUCACCGGCCCUAUCUGGUGGCAGCGUGUCUCACUACAGGCCUUAUGGCUGUGUCUGAGAGGGGCAAUGAAACUGGACGUGCAGCUUGUAUAAGGGUUUUGGAACCUGGUUGGAAUACCAUUCGCACAUUGGGUGUAUGCUCAGGCAUGGGACCUGUGCUCACCAGCCCUUGGGGUAUAUGCAUAGAUGCAGAUGGAAAUGUUCUUGUGGCAGACUGGGGCAAGCAGCAUCGUGUGGUGCUGUACCCUGCAGUUGGUGUGGGUCGGGAUAUUGUUACCCAAGGCCUUAGCAGCCCUAGAGGUCUUGCUUUGCUGCCUGAAGGUCACCUUGUGGUCUCAGAUAGCAUGAACCAUUGCAUUAAGAUUUACCGCUACAAGUAA